GCAUGCGGCGGGGUUCCUGCUGGGGUACGUCAUAUCCAAAAUGCUCGGCCUCCCUGACAAGAUCUGUCGUACAAUGUCCAUAGAGGUGGGCAUGCAGAACAGCACUCUGGGUGCCGUACUGGCCGCCCUGCACUUCGCAGACCCCCUCACCGCCGCCCCCUGCGCCGUCAGCUCCUGCACGCACAGCUUGAUGGGCUCGCUGCUGGCGGCGGUGUGGCGGGCCACGAGCGCUGCGGAGGAGGAGGCGGCGGAAGGGGAGGAGAAGGGCAAGGGAGAAGAGGGCAAGGGAGAAGAGGGCAAGGGAGAAUAAUUGCUAGUGGUGUUGAGAUUAGUUGGUGGUAACCCGGAGGGAGUGCGCCUCUGCAGAUGCAGGCUAGCCCAGCCGAGUUGGUCCAGCUGAAUGUACGAAGGCGCAAUAAUACUUGUCGGAUUGCAAGGCUUGGCAACAGCAGGAUGAGGACAGAUGGAUGGUGGGUGCGGGGGUAUGUCGCCGGCGCAAGGGGCCGCCGGUGCUGCGGAGGAGGAGGGUUGAGUGGCGGUUGAUGUGCGUGUACGUCACAGCAGCUGCCGUUGGUGCAUCCGAUGACUAGCGGAUGCACGACCGAGGGCUGAAUGCUCGUUAUUACACCUAUGGCGGCAUACCUCUCCCUGCCCCUGGCUUCAGCAGUAGUGGGUUGCCAUGAACGGGGGAUACAAGUGCAUGGAUAUGAAGAUAUAUAAGAAGGAUGUGUGCUUGCCUCGUGGGAUGUGCCGACAAGGCCAGGAAGCAAGGUUGUUUGGCGAUCCAUGCCACGUGCGCUCGUCCGAGCCAAUCAGGCAACGUGUACGGCUGCCGGUGUACCUCGUCAUGAGGGCAAGGCCGCCGAUGAAUCGUAUCGACAGCCAUAUUCUAUGAGCACAUUUUACGGGCCUCACCAAGACGUUGGCGUGCCCGAGUACGGGCACCCAUAGUAUUCGCGAUCUCACUGGUCAGAUAUUUGGUCAGGAUCGUGGUCAGCGCAGCCACUG